AUGCUGUCACCUCACGAAGACGACGAUGACAGUCACCUGUGCAUCAAAUGUAAUGCCACUAUCAUCGGCCUCGAUAAUUAUGUCAUACAUAGAAAACAAGCCUGCGGUAAAAGAAAAAAUGAAACAAAAUCAGAACUCCCAUCCAUUGAUCCAUUAGAACCGACAUAUAGCCUUGGUGCAGAUGUGUUUUUUCAGUCAUUAGAAUUGCAAAGUAGCGUUAAAAAAUCUUCACUAUCACGAUUAACACCACCUACACCAAUAUCUAAGACAAGUUUAGCGAACAUUGAAAAGAAAGGUGCUUUGACUGUUUCUUCGACUUCACACCUACCUCGUAUGAGUCCUAUAGAAAAUAAUUUAAGGGGAGGAGAUUGGAUCGGUGGACACAGCCUUAGGAUAGGUAGUAAUGAAGAUAAUCAGACAAAACUAAUUAACGCUGUUGCUAGUAUCAGUGGUUCGGUAAAAAAGGAUCUUCCAAGUACAUCAUACAACAUAGAAACUUUUAAUGACUUCAAAGGUGACGAUGAUUCAGAGGAAUCUGAGGAUUCAGAUGAUGAUGACGAUGAAGAUGAAGUACCUCUUGGGGGUAAAUGGAAACCGCCACCAAAUUACACGGGGGGUAAAUGGCGACCUGCGUCACCAGAACGGGAGGAGUGGGAAGAGCAGGAACAACUUGACCGUGACUAUGAUUAUGACGCCCCACCUCCAGGCCACACUAAAGGCAAGUGGGUUCCAGGAGCUAAUGAAAAAACACAAAUAAUGGAAACUACAAUUCAAGCAAAAGGAUCCGUACAAUAUUGGUGUGGACCAUGUAACCGUCGCUUAGGGUCGAGGGCUAUUUACGACAAACAUCUUAUGUCUAACUUACAUAUGCGGAAAGUGCUUCCAGAACAUGAAUUAGAGUUUUCAGGACAUCUGGAGCCUAUAAGGAAUGUAUCCGAUAAAAGAACAACUCGUCCCACUUUGUUCGUCAGCGAGUCAAUUUCGCAAACUUCUCGAAAAAGACAAAAAUUAGAACCUAAAAUAAACAUUAAGAUUAAGAAAAAGAAGCGUAAAAGGAAGAGUUAUUUUAUUCAAUGCUCCGGUUGUAAAUCAAGAGUACGAACUCAUUUAAUGGGAAAGCAUCUAAUAUCACACUACCACUUUAGAAAAGCUGCUGACAUAAAAAGUGAUAUUUACCAACAAUUUAUUAUUGAUAACAUGGAUGCGAUAGUACACCAAGCCCCUUUCCAAUGUAGCCCAUGUAAGUUUUAUACUAAUUGGCUUUCUAAUUUUAUGCAACAUUGGUUUUCUGAAGAACAUGAAAGUAAAGUGUCUUCAAUGGAUGGUAGAUAUUGGUGCUCUUUUUGCAAAUUUGAAUGUGACACUUCUCAAGAAAUGAUGAACCACAUGUCUAGUUCGGAGCAUAGUGAGGUCGUAGCUGUAAUAAAUAGAUCCAUGCCAAUAAUAAUAAGAAAGAAAACAGUGCUACGGUGCGAAACAUGUCAAAAAGAAUUUCGUUAUAACAUGGAAAUCAAACAACAUUGCUUAAAAACAGGUCACGAAUGUGCGUACAGUGCAACUGAUAAUUAUCAAGAGCUGCAUUUAUGCCAGCACUGCAAAGUAAAGUUUAAGUCAUCAGUAACUUUGGCUGCGCACUUGAAAUCCAAACACAAACAAAAAGCGUACUUUUGUCUCGUGUGUUCUAAGACUUUUGCAUCUUCAGAAGAAGCUAAGCGACAUCGACAAACCUCAGAACAUAGAGUUAGAAGGAAGGAGAUAUUGAGUGAACGUGGAGAAACCACUAAAGAUCUAAGUAAGAAAUGUCCCUACUGUACAGAAAAAGUCAUGUUGAAGAAUAUUCUUGAACUCAAAAGUCAUAUAGAACGAGCACACCCUGACAUAAGAAAGAAAUGCCCAAAAUGUGGAAAAGCUUUCAUUUUUCCACAAGAAGUCUCAAGACAUAUAAGAGACAACGCCUGCCAGUUCCAAAAGAACGACACAAUUAACUCAUCGAUCCUCUGGAACUGCAGCCAAUGCCUGUUCACCACCGACUCACAGGCCGAGUGCUUCUUCCACGAGGUUCUUCACACAGAACCAAUUAUAGAAGCUAAAGAUGGAAAGAAUAAACCUAUACAGAAAUACUCAUGUCCUAUUUGCUCGAAGAUCUUUAAAAAAGCUUCCUUACGCCUUCAUUUGAGGCAACAUACAUUUGAAAGGCCUUUCAUUUGUUCUACAUGUGGUGCCAAUUUUACUCGCCAGUCAAGUUUGGCGAACCAUUGUAAGAUCGAGCAUGGGAGCUUGGAUCGACCGAAGCUGACUGCAAUUGAUGCUGCUCUAAUGAAAAUAGCAGAGGAGACGCUAAAGUGUACGAAAUGCAAGAAGACGUUUAAUGAUAGUCUUGCUCUCACUCACCACUCUACGACUUGCAGCUCCGAGGAGCGACGAUGCCCGUAUGAAAAUUGCUCCUACAUAGCAUCCAGUAUCGCACAACUUAAUAAGCAUCGUCGCACACACGGUGAGAGAGUGAAAAACUAUGAAUGUCCGUCUUGUGAGUUUAAAACAGAGCAAGCUAGCCAUAUGAAAAGACACUUGCUUUGCCACAAAGGAGUCAAGCCAUACAUCUGUCCGCACUGCACCUUCACUUGUGGGAGUUUAGAAAAUCUUAGAAAACACGUGCUCCGUAGCGGGCGACAUCCAGGGCUGCAUCUGUACGCGUGCUCAAGCUGCUCUUUCCAAACGAACUUGGCCACGCUGCUGCGCUCGCACUACACCAGCGCGCAUCCCGACAAAUACGACGCGAAGACUGCACUCGAAGCUGUGAAACGACAUUUAAUGAAAGAUGAACAA